CGGCGUCCCCCACGCCGGAGCUCGGCGCAUGCGCAGUAGAGCAGCGGAGCCUCUGGUGUCUCUGCUCCUCGCGGUCUCGGGUGGCCCAGCCGGUGUGUGUCGGGGACAUGGCGGAGCAGGUGAACGCGCUGUGUGAGCAGCUGGUGCAGGCGGUCACCGUUAUAAUGGCACCGGAGUCCAGCCAGCAGUACCGCCUGGAGGCAUUAAAGUUCUGCGAGGAGUUUAAGGAGAACUGCCCCAUGUGCGUGCCGUGUGGCCUGCAUCUCGCAGACAAGUCCCAGCUGGCGGUGGUCAGACACUUCGGCCUGCAGGUCCUGGAGCAUGUCAUCAAGUUCCGGUGGAAUAACAUGGCUGCUGAGGACAAAGUGUUUCUAAAGAAUAGCGUCAUGGAGCUCAUAUCCAGCGGUAUGCAUUCCGUCCUGGAGGAGGAAGGCCACGUUAAGGACGUGUUUGGCCGCAUCGUGGUGGAGAUGAUAAAGCGCGAGUGGCCGCAGUACUGGCCGGACAUGCUGAACGAGCUGGAAGCCCUCACCAAGCAAGGGGAGACGCAGACGGAGCUGGUGAUGCUGAUCCUGCUGCGAUUGGCUGAAGACGUCGUCACCUUCCAGUCUCUGCCGGCGCAGCGCAGGAAGGACAUCCACACGACGAUGACGCAGAACAUGGACAAGCUGUUCGCCUUCAUGCUGAGUAUCCUGCGGGAGAGCGUGGCGCAGUACCAAGUCCUGAAAAACGAUUCCGUGCAGAAGCUGAAGGCGGUGGGUCUGUGCCGCGUGGCCGUGGCCUCUCUUAAUACUCUUGCCGGUUACAUCGAUUGGGUGCCGGUCGCUCACAUCGUGGCCGAGAACUGCAAGCUGCUGGAGAUGCUGUGCGUCCUGCUGGGGGAGACGGAGCUCCAGGUGGAGGCAGCCGAGUGCCUGCUCAUCGCGGUCAGCAGGAAGGGUAAGCUGGAGGAUCGGGCGCCGCUCCUCGUCCUGUUCAGAGAGAACGCCAUGGAUUACAUCCUGAGUGCCGCUCAGAUGGCCGAUGUCGAGGGGUUGGUGGAGAAAUCGUACGUCUUCCUGAAAAGGCUUUGCCAGGUUUUGUGCGCUUUGGGGAACCAGGUCUGCUCCCUGAUCUCGGCCACUGACACCCAAGCGAAGACCCCGGAGACGUUUGGAAAGUACCUGGACGCGUUACUCGCCUUCACGAGACACCCCAGUCUGUUUCUGAAAUCUUCCACCGUCAGCACGUGGGGGGCUCUCUUCAGACACGAAGUCCUGUCCAAAGACCCCCAGCUUCUGGCCGCGGUGCCCAAAUUCCUGCGCGUCUCCACCACAAACUUUGUGAAGGUGGGGUUCCCUUCGCAGACUGACGGCCCCGGCAGUGAAUUUUCUCGCCUGGACUUCGACAGCGACGAGGAUUUCAGCAACGCCUUCAGCUCUUUCAGAUCGUUGCUGGGGAUCACCGUGGCGGCAGCGAGCAGCCUGGACCCUCUCACCGGCUUCCGCAUGGCAGGAGAAUGGCUCCGGUACCAGCUGGUGGCCCCGCCGGACACCACGCCGCAGAACCUGGGGAAGGGCCCCGGCUCCCUGCCGUCUCCCACCUUCGCUCAGUGGGACGCCAUGACUUUUUUCUGCGAGUGCAUCACCCGCCGCUGCCUCUUCGUGGUCAAGGAGGAGGAGGGUCUCAUCGCAGAAGGUGUGGAGCUUCUGAAGGCCGUCCUGACCUACGAGACCAACGACCCGGUCAUCCUGUCCUGCGUCCUCAGCAACCUGUCGUCCUUCUUCCCCUUCAUCCGCUACGUGACUGCGUGCAUGCCGCUGGUGCUGUCCAAGUUAUUCGGCGCUGUGACUUUCGUGUCCUCCGGUGACGGGAAGGACACGCAAUCCCGCGCAGCGAGGAACGUCCGCAGACACGCGUGCAGCUCGCUCGUAAAGAUCUGCUCCAACUCCCCCGAGCUGGUCCUGCCGCACUUCGAUUUCCUGUGCAGCCACGUGAAGCAGAUGCUGGCGGAGGAGCGGCUGGCGGGGCAGAUGGAGCGAGCCACCAUGAUGGAGGUUCUGGUUCUGGUCAGCAACCAGCUGAAGGACUUCGAGAAGCAGCGGCUGUUCCUGCGCGAGCUGCUGAGUCCUCUGCUCCACAUCUGGCUGUCUGCGGAGGUGCAGAGAGCGAUUUCGGGGCCGGAGGAGCUGAUUUCGUUUGUUGGCGCCGAUGCGAUGAGCGGCCCCCUGGCCGAGGAGGACCCGUGCCGGCAGAAUCGCAACCGGCUCUCCUUCUGCCUCUACGCGAUGGUCCGGAUAGCGAAGCGCACAUCGUGGCCCAGCGACCCAGAGGAGGCAAAACGUGGUGGGUUUGUGGCCGGUUACUCCGCCGCCGGGACCCCCGUCUACCGAUACCCCUGCGGCGAGGCCAUCCUGCAGCUCCUGGACACGCUGUUCACUCUGCUUCGGACGCAGAACGCUCUCUACCGGCCCGAUCUGCAGAAGAAGAUGGGAGAGACGUUCACCAAGGCCACGGACAUCCUGGACGUGGACAGGAAAACCAUCCUGGGCAUCCCACUGCCCGGCGUGGACGGCUCAGACACGCCGGUGUAUAAAACUUUACAGGAGCGCAUGCAGGGCUUCUUCUUCUCCCUGUUUGAAAGUUGCUACCAGAUCCUGGGGGAUUGCGGCUCUCGUCUGCAGCAGGAUUUCUACGGGAUGCCGGAUUUGGUGCCGCGGCUGCUGGACUCGGUCUUCACCAACCUGGACCACGUCCCCGACUUCCGCCUGCGCCCUGUGCUGCGACUGUUUGUGCGUCCGUUCGUCCUGUCCUGCCCACCCGAGCGCUACGAGAGCGCGGUGGUCCCGAUCCUCGGACCCCUUCUUAAUUACCUGCAGCAGAGAUUGUCCCACAAAUGGCUUUACGUGAACCAGCGAGACCUUGUGAGCGAGGAGGAUUACCCCGAGGAGAGCAGCGAGUGCCGCGAGGUUCUGGAGGACCAGCUGGUGCGGCUCCUCAGCCGGGAGGUGGUGGACCUGAUGGUUGUUUGCUGCGUGACCAAGAAGAGUACGGAUCCCGGCGCUUUGAACGCGGCCCCCGAUGCCGUUCUGAGCUCGGCUCCGGCUGAUGCUGAAGAUGAAGAGAUGAUGUCCACCGAAGCGCCGGCUCCGGGAUCCAUGGAACUUACAGAUCUCGGGAGAUUCCUGCUGGGGAAUGAGGAAGCGUCCACGGCGCUGCUGGUCACGGCGUACAGCCCCUUGGUGUGGAAGGACACCAUCGCGUGCCAGAAGACCACUCUCAUGUUGUGUUGGCCGCUCCUCAGACAGGUGAUCUCCUCCUCGCUGCCGUCCGACGCCGCCGUCUGUUUCUUCACCAACGUCCUGCGCGGCCUGCAGACACACGGACAGCACGAGGGCUGCCUGGCGGCUCUGGUGCAUCUGGCCUUCCAGAUCUAUGAGGCUUUGCGGCCGCAGUACCCCGCGCUGCGCUCCGUCAUGGAGCAGAUCCCCGAGAUCCCGGCGGAUUCCCUGGAUCAGUUUGAUUCGCGGCUUCUCUUCCCGAAGCAGAAAGUCAACGAGAAGAAGCGGAAGGAACAUUUCAAGAGGCUGAUCGCGGGCUGCAUAGGGAAACCUUUGGGAGAGAAAUUCCGUAAAGAGGUUCACAUCCGGAACCUGCCUGCUCUGUUCCAGAAGAAAGUGCGGCCCCCGAGGGACACGGACCCGCUCCUGGAGGGGUCCCUUCCUGCUCUGUUCCAGCCGUGACCCCCCCCUCCCGUGGACUCUUUCAUUCCUCUGUGUCAGCCGGACAUGGAGUUCGUAGUGAGGGGCAGAGACGGGCCUCGCUCCCCCUAUGGGGGUAUCAUUUCCGGCCCCGCAGGGGGGUUUCUGGAUGUUCUGUUAUUACGUCGAGCUCCGCCACGGACUAUAUUUUUUUUUAAAUUGGCCCAACACUAAUUUCUGUUUGUGCCGGCACGAGGGCCGGUGGGGGCCACCAUGCGGUGAGGAUGCGGUUAAACAGACUCUUGUACCCUCUUCGCUCUGUCAGGGGGUCCGAGGCAGUGGCAGCGCACAUGGUAACAAACUGGCCAUUGGCAGGCGCAGUCUCUGCUCACCUCCUAUUGGCUGUACGGUAUCUUGGCCCCCGCGGCCCCCACGCUGAGAAUCCAUUCCAUGCACGGCCCACGCCAGCCCCUGCUUCUUACCCUUUAAUUUAUUGUCAGCUGCCGGUGAACGAUCCCCGAUCCCCGGCUUUUCUCCUCUUCUGUUCAUUGUAUCGGCGAAUGGAUCAGGUGGUGAUCCGGUGCGUGGAGCCCAAUCAGUGCGCGUUACCAGGGGGGACCACGGGAACUGCCACGGAACUUUAUUUCCCGGCCGCUCGACCUCUGAAUAAACGUGGAAGGAGCUGAAAUUCUA